AUGGAUGCCUCCCUCCCUGAUUCCAAUACCGCUUGGCAAAAGCAGGUGGCGUCGCAUGGACUCGGGGGAAAGACGAUCCACCAGGCAAGCUUCCGUGAUUCAGCUUCCAAGAUCAACAAGAAGCAGUUUCUUCUCCUCCGUGUGCUUCACAGACCGCUACAGGACGCAGGUGAAUUGUUCAGCAAAGAUUAUUUGAAGGACUUCAUCGCCGAGUCUUAUAUAAAACGCGCUUUUCUGUUCAUUGCCUCAGAGUCCAAUACGUCAUUUGCACAGUACCACGCCUCGAUCGAGAGCCAACCCACUUCAAGCCGACCUUUCUCCGCUUCAGAUACCGCCUUCCCUGAGUUGGGUACAUUCACACUUGUCCGUUACUUCCAGCUCGCAUCAAUGGAUUUGCUCACCACCGAUUAUGAGGAUACACCCAAGCUCGAAUUCGCCCCGCCAGCGCCACGAGAGGCUGCUGUCAAGGCCAAAGCCGCCGUUCGGGAUAUGCUAACCACACCCACCAAGUCGACUGGUGUAAUGACCCACUUGCUUGGAAGGGAUACCCCUGACAUUAGCAAACUGAAAAUAUCUGAUCUGAGUAUGACCCCGCAAUCCCCGAUGAACAGCGUCACGGGACGUCAAGUGAAGGCUAUAGAGGACGAGCAAAUCGUCAACACCGCUCUCAUCUCGUUUCUCAUUGCCGUCACACUCCAUUCCCCUCAAAUCAAGGCCGAUUGGUCUCUGUCGCGAAUGGCCUUUAGUGUCUCGGACGAGGCGCAGGGUUCGAAGAAAAUAUUCGAGGCCCGGGUGGACGGGGUCCUUCGCAUGAGGAAGGGCCGCGAAGUCAAGGCCAUCGCGGAAGUCAAGCCAUAUCUACGCCACCAGAAAAAGUACAACGAUGUCAGGAUGCAGGAAGCCGCGCAGAUGGCUGCGUGGAUAUGCACCAAUCCUCCUGCUAACCUCGAUGAAUUACGGGCAAAUAAAAAAAAGAAGGCAACUCGGCUGCUCAUCUCCCAAGACCGCCAUGAAAUCUACGUUAACUUCGCGACUUUCGGCGCAGCGUACGUUGAUUAUAUUCGGGGAUCUCCUUCUUUCGACGAGACCGAAGCAUUUCUCACGAUCCAAGAAACUGGCCCGUACAAUGUCGAUAACCACAAACACAUGCGGAAUCUGGCGACUUUGAUGUAUGCCUUUACGUUGCAAGAGUGCCGCGACUAA